CAGUCGAAGCAAUCCAUCUCCUUCUUCUUCGUCCCCAAUCCAAUCGAGUGAUUUCCUCUGGUUCUCCUUCCAAUCAAGAAUCCCAGUUGAAUCUCUCCAACUCUCUCGUCUCUUCGACAUCAAUCGCUCCAAUCCACCGCCAUUUUCGCGCUCCUCGCUUCCGUUUGAUCCCCGCUUCCAUUGCCCUAGAAUCCCUUCUUUCUCCCGAUUCUAGGGUUACCGUUGGUUUCUCUCAUGGUUUCUUCUUGCCCUAGAGGAGGGGGAGGAAAAGGAUACGAUGCGACGGUCCCGAUGAAGCGCGACCUCGACGACCUCCACCGCCACCAGCAGCAGUGCGUCGAGUGCGGCGCCGGCGCGGGCGAGCGGUGGCUCCUCCACAACGUCCGCCACAAGGCGGGCUACCGCCUCCUCUGCACCCACUGCGUCCUCAGCUGCUUCCGCGGCAACUUCUGCCCGAUUUGCCUCCAGGUGUUCGACCCCAUCGACUCCCCACCGCACCCCAACCAGCGGGUGAUGUGCCUCAACUGCCCUUCCAUCUCUCACCUCUCCUGCGUUACCUCCAGCUCCAACUCCAAUCACCACUUCCAGUGCCCCUUCUGUUCGAACCCUAAGUUCCGGUUCCUCUCCCUUGGAACGGUGCCGAACGGCGACGACAAGAGGUUGAGGGCGGACGGGAACGCGGGUCUCGAGGCCAUUGCCCGGGGGGCCGUCGGGGAUGAUAGGGAUGAUGUGAGGAGAGUGAUAGACAGGGAGUCGGCCAAGGCUCUGGUUGCAGCGGCGAAGAUCGCGUGCGCCACAAUGAGCAAGGCUGCGGCCAUCGCGAGGGUCGAGGCGGAGCGGAGGGUCAAGGAGGCGGCACUGGCGAGGAAGAGGGCGAGGGAGGCCUUGGAGAGGGUAGCCUUCUUGACGCUGAAGGAGAAGGAGAGGGAUUUGAAACUGGGGGUUGUCAACGGGGUUGGGUUUGUGACGGAGCAGAAGGUUAAGGCCAGGGCCAUCAGUACUGUUGUGGAGAACGAGAAGGUGAAUGGGGUUGGGAUCGUGGGUUCGUCACCGAAAAAUGGUGUUUCGGUUGCUGGGGGUGUACAGGGUGAGAAGUUGCAUUCGGUUUCGCAGGUUGCCGGGCUCAAUAACGCCCAGCAGAAUAAUUUUGGUCAGGGAGGCUGAUUCUUGAUUCAUGGGAAGUGCUUGGCACGGUGGAGUCCAAUCGUAGCUGAUUUGAGCAUCCAGUGAAGUGAAAUCUGUGAGUAGUUUUAGAAGUUAAAAUGCUGGUUUCCUUGUGCUAUGCAUGCCCUUUGAGAUUUAUGUAGAAAAGGUAAUCUGAAGUAGGUUUAGUUUUAUGUUAAACGGCUUUUCAUGUAUGAAUUUAGGAGAUGUUCAAAUUGAAUUCUGGUCCUAUUUGUUUAUGAAGCUGAGUACUCUGUCCAGACAUCUUGACAUUGCUUUGUCCUUGCCUUAGUUUUGCUUUUGGCAAUUUUCUUCU